AUUCAUCACUAAAGAGUUGCUUGGUUGAAAAACAGUUGAUCAGAUUCCUCUGCACACCAAACUAACAACUUCCUCUGAGUGAGUCCAGCUACAGGAGAGACACUGCUGCUUCAACCUGCUGAGACUCCACACACUGAAGCUUCACUCAGACUAAAUGGCUUCCGGAUUAGAGGAGGCGUUCUGCUGUGCGAUUUGUCAUGAGGUCUUCAGAGACCCUGUUCUUCUGUCAUGCAGCCACAGCUUCUGUAAAGACUGUCUGAAGAGCUGGUGGAGAGAGAAACCAACACAAGAGUGUCCAUUUUGUAAGAGAAGAUCUUCAAAGAUAGAACCACCUUUGAAUCGGGUCUUAAGGAACCUGUGUGAGGCCUUCUCACAGGAGAGAGAUAGGAAACAUUCAGAGGGUCUCUGCAGUCUGCACUCUGAGAAACUCAGACUCUUCUGUCUGAACGAUCAGCAGCCAGUGUGUCUCAUCUGCAGGGAUUCAGUAAAACACAGCAGCCACAGAUUCAGACCCAUUGAUGAAGUUGCUCGACAACAAAGGAUGAAAUUUCGGGAAACUCUGGAGCCCUUAAAGAAGAAGUUAAAGGGUUUUGAACAAGCUAGAGGGAACUGUGAUCAAUUAGCAGACUACAUUAGGGUCCAGGCCCGAGACACAGAGAAGCAGAUUAGGGAGCAGUUUAAGAAGCUUCACCAGUUUCUAGAGGAGGAAGAGGAGGCCAGGAUCACUGCUCUGAGGGAUGAAGAGGAGCAGAAGAGUCGGAUGAUGAAGGAGAAGAUGGAGGCUCUGAGCAGAGAGAUGGCAGCUCUUUCAGAGACGGUCAGAGCCGCAGAGGACGACCUGAGAGCCGAUGACGUCUCGCUCGUGCUCAACUACGAUGCUGCAGUGGACAGCCUCCAGCAGCGCCCCCUGCUGGAGGAUCCACAGCUGCCCCCGGGAGCUCUGAUAGACCAGGCCAAACACCUGGGCAACCUGACGUUCAAGAUCUACAACAAGAUGAAGUGCAUGGUCUCCUACAGUCCCGUGGUUCUGGACCCAAACACUGCUCAUCCCAGAUUCCACCUGUCUGAAGAUCUGACCAGUGUGAGUCGAGGAUGGGAACAGCCACUUCCCGACAAUCCGGAGAGGUUCAUCGGCCUCAUCGUCCUGGGCUCGGAGGGUUUUAACUCGGGGAGUCACAGCUGGGACGUCGAGGUUGGAGAAAGUGCACGCUGGACACUGGGCAUUUUAAGAGAGUCAUUCCAGAGGAAGGUGCGCGGACAGACUGGAUGCUGGAGAAUAAGGCUGUCUGAAGGCGAAUACUCGGCGUGGUCACCGAAAGCUUCGCCCACCGUUCUCCGAGUGCAGAGGAAGCUCCAGAGGGUCAGAGUGAAUCUGGACUGGAACAGAGGAAAGCUGUCAUUCUCUGAUCCCGAUACUCACACACAUAUACACACCUUCACACACACUUUCACCGAGAGGAUGUUUCCAUUCAUUUUAAAUGGCGAUCACCUCUCAGUGAAGCUCUUUCCAAUGAGUGUGUCUGUGACAGUGGAAGAGAACAGUUAGCGAUAAAGAGGAUGAUUAUAUUAAGAUAUGUUUACAUAAAGGGAAACAUCAUUGAAUUUAAUUUCUUAUUUCCUGUUUGCUGUUACUUAGUUUGACAAUUUGCUUUUUGUAUCUGACCUGUUAAUAAGUGAAUUAAUUUUACUUAGCUUCUGUUUUUCAUGAUUGAUUCAAUGAUUAGCCUUUUCUCUUUUUAUCAAAACUGUAUCACUUUAAAUUUUUGCUAACUUUAGGCUUUGCAUUAUAGUUUGUAAUGUUUAUUUGUACAAAUGGAGUAUGUACUGAUACAAACAUGUAGGUACAGAGCAAAAUAUGAAUUUAAGGACUAAUAAUCUUGGAACUUAAAGCUGAUCUGUUUAGGAACAAAUCAUGUUACUUUUUUAUAUUUUACUGUUUAGAAAGAUUAAUAUAUUCAUAAAUAUAUCUGUCAUGUUUUUGUUUUGUUUGUACUUUGUGAAACCAGCUGUUUGUCUCUUCCUGUUGGGGAAUCUGUGCUGGACUUUAAUUUUUAUUGAUAAAUAGACAUCUUGUAUA